AUGAGUGAAAGACUGCGCAUACAGGAUCCCGAUUUGUACAACACUUGGUAUAAUGAGAUGCAAGCCACUGGCAUCGAGACGCUAGUACUUAAAUCAACCAAGAUCGCACAACACGUUGAAGCCAUUAAACACGUACUGAAAAGAGCUAGAGAACACCAAGACGUAGACCUGGAUGACCAACUACCAGUACAAAGCACCAGUCCAGAGCCUGUUUCACCUAUACGUUCCGACGAACUGGAAGACAUGCUAAACACACUACCGAGGGCCAUCACACCCAUCGACGAUGAUCUACUACAAGACGUGACACAGAACGCUAAAGAAGACGACAGAUUUCUCCAAAGCAUCCAUCAAAAGAUCAACACUACAGACAAUUUGUGGACAUUCAUCUACCGCGGUCCUGAACCUACCAUCAUUAAGUCACCGUAUUAAUGCUAUCCUAUUACAUCAUGAUGAUCACUACCACGUUGUCUUUCAAUGCCUUACCCAAAACCGUAACCGAUCUCUCCAGCGUAUCCUUCAGGCCCUCAGUACACCGUCUUCAUACAUGUUGGACAUCCUAGCAACCACACAACCCGUUAUAGACUGGUACAAGUUCGCGCCAUACCUUGCUCGUACCGGGUAUCAUGUUUAGGUACGAGGAGAAAAACUACAACACUUUGCAGAUCAUUUGCUCUAACACCGGUAGACAAAAGGGAUUGUGCCCAAC